GCGGCGGGGCUCGCACCGGGGAGCUGCUGACAGCGCCCGGAGACUUGGGAGGGGGCGGGUGCACGCGGGACCUGCGUCCUGCGUCUUGGGGGGCGCACUGAGCACCUGCUGUGAGCGGGGGCCUACGGGGACCUGCGGACUGUACCUGGGGUGUGGGCGCAUCCGGGACCUGCGGACAGUGCCCCCCGGGAUGGGUGGGGGCCGCGCUCCCGGCUGGGCCUUCGCAGGCUGUGUGCGCGAGGGGGAGGGCGAAGCGUGGCUGGAGGGCGAGGCGAGGGAGGAGGGCGUGUGAAGGAGGCGGCGGCGCGGAGGAGGGUUAUCUGUACAUUUAAAACCAGCCGCCGCGUCGCCCGGGGAGGACCUGGGAGCGCCCGGCUGCACGCGCGGGACACGAGCGCUCCACGCCCGGGCGCCCACGGCCGCCGUCUCCGGGCCUCGUGCGCCUCGCGCCCCAGAAGACCCGGGACGCGGACCCCGGGCGGUGGCUGAGGGGCGCCGUGCCGCAGGCCCCCUCGGGGCGUGGCCGUCGUCCCCGCACCCCCAGUUCCUCCGCCUGCACCUCCCUGCCGUGCGCCAGGGCUGGUGGGUGCGGGUGCGAUGAACGGCGGCGCGCUGCCCCGGACCGCGGCGCCCGCGCGGGGCGUCUCCGGUGGCGGCACCGCCCGGCGGCGACCCGCGUCCCCGGAGCUGCUGCGCUGCAGUCGGCGGCGGCGGCCGGGAGCGGAGGGCACCGGGGGCGGCGCGGCGGCCGUGGCGCGGCGCAACGAGCGGGAGCGCAACCGCGUGAAGCUGGUGAACUUGGGGUUCCAGGCGCUGCGGCAGCACGUGCCGCACGGCGGCGCCAGCAAGAAGCUGAGCAAAGUGGAGACGCUGCGCUCUGCCGUGCAGUACAUCGGGGCGCUGCAGAGCCUGCUGGCCGAGCACGACGCCGUGCGCGCCGCGCUGGCCGGGGGGCUCCUGGCGCCCCCCGCGCGGGCCCCCGCCCCCCGCGCGCCGCCCGAGACCCCCGCGGACGCCGCCUCGCCCUCCUGCGCCUCCUCGUCCCCAGGCCGCGGGGGCAGCUCGGAGCCCGGCUCCCCGCGCUCCGCCUACUCGUCCGACGACAGCGGCUGCGAGGGCGCGCUGAGCCCCGUGGGGCGCGAGUUGCUCGACUUCUCCAGCUGGUUGGGGGGCUGCUGAGCGCCCGGCCCGCGAGCUCAGCCCCGAUGCCCAGCGCAACUCGAUCCCCAGCGAGGAGCCAGCACAGGGGCGGCCUGGCCUCCGUCCCGCCGCCCCGGGAGCCCCGCCGUCUGCGAGCCCGCGCCCACCGACCUGACUCCCUGCGUCCAGCCUGACCACGUGCCAGUUUGAAACAGGUCCCUGCCGACCUCCCCGGGUGGCGGCGUCCUGGGACCCUGCCUGCCCACCUCGAGACUGUCUGCGGGCACCGGGCUGGGCACCAGCGCGCAGUUUUCCUGAAGGGAGACGCGAUUUGCGGACACAGCACCUACUUUUCUACGUUCCCUUGAACUGCCCAGGGACCCUGGCAACGUGAAACUUAUUUUUAUACAAAGACUCCUUAACUGGGAACACAAUAAAGAUGGUUUAGCCCCACGACCUGGGGUUUUCCAACCUGGCCGAGACCUGACACCCCUGGCAGGGUCCCCACACGCCCUGGGCAGCUGCAGGGCGGCCCUCCCGCUGGGGGGGGGGGGGGCAAGGUGGGCUUUCUCAUCACCUGUGCUGGUGGCAGGGUCUUGGGGACGCCCUUGCAGACCCUCAGGCCCUGUUCCCAGGAGAUGGUGGAGGGUGUUGGUCCCGACCCUGGGCCCUGCCAGCCCGGCUCCUGUCUCUUCUCCCCAGACCCCACCUCUUCUCUGCAGGUGGGAGUCCGGGCGGGGCUGCUCCCAGCUGAGAACUUGAGGUCUGGAAGCUGCUGACCAACCCGGGAGUCUGGGCCAGGCCCAGGCCCAAGGUGACGGUCCCACUUGGCAGCCCACGCUCUGGGCCAGGGUUCAGAUGGCCACUUCCUGCCACUGCCGGGUGACCCUGGACAAGUUGCUCGGCCUGCAAAUGCGAGUGACCCCAGAGCCACCCGCAGGGUUGUAGGGGACUCGGGAUGUGUCUGGCUCCCCGUGGCCGGCUUCUGGCCACUGUGCCUGAGCCCGAGCUGCCUGGGGAGGAACAAGGCAGCCCCCCCCCGCCCCCCCCGCCCAGGCCCCCCAGCUCAGAGGCCCCACAGAGAUUGCUGGCGGGCGCUACCUUUGACCUGGGCCCGGCAGCUUUGAAGUCUAGGCCCAAAGCUCUUUUAUUGCAGGGGUGGGGGCGGGGAUCCCCCAGGCUGUUUUCAGGUGCGGAAGGCACCCCUUCUUUCAGCAGGGAGUGCUGGGGUCAGAGCCGUUGGGACCCUGGGCGGCUGGCAGAGAGCAGAUGUCUUGUGGGUACCCAUGGUGAUGGGCGGGGGGUGAGGUCAGACUUGGCGGAGUGAACUGGCCUCCAGGGGACAGGAGGGGGCAUGGCCACCCCGCAGUCUUCUGGGACCUCACUGAGCUGCAGGCCCCGGGCUCUCCUGCGACUCUUUGCCUUGACCCCAGGAGAGGUGUGGACGCAGGUGGUGGGGGGCGGGGGGGCCACGUGAGUUUGGGGCGGGAAGCCUGGGAGGAUGGAGCAUCAAGGGUGCCUGAUGAGGGGCCACUUUUACUCCCACGUGGUUUUGAAGCAAAUCCCAGACACUGUAUCGUUACACCCCUGACUGCUCCAAAGACAGGCCCAUCCCACGCUCGCCCAGGGGCACACCUGGCCCUCCACUUCCUCGGGUGCCCAGCCAGCGGCCUGGGCUCUGCCCGUCGGCGUCCACAGCAGCCCAAGGCCCGGCUUCUGCCUGUCAGUGUCCACAGCAGCCGGAGGCCUGGCUUCUGCCCGUCGGUGUCCGCAGCAGCCGGCGCACGGCCUCUGGUGGUCAGGUCAGCGUCCACAACGGGCUUCCCAGACUGAGGCCCCGCCCAGGGCCACGGUCGAUCUGCUUUCGGGGCCUGUGCGGCCUUGCGCGCGUUUCU